UUUUCUCUACUGUGAGUAGAUAGUUCUCACUAUCAUAGUGUGUGAGCAAUCUGUAGGCUACCUGAAGCGCACUCUUUUAGUGCAGCUGAGAAGGUGAUAAAUCAUUUAAUGAAUAGUGAUUGCACGUCCCAAAAAUUCGACGGACAUUUAUUUAACAUUUCUUUGAGCUCCGGUGAGUAUGAAAGUGUAUUUACAAUCUCCCGCAUGGGUGUGUCGAAUGAUCAUCAUACAUAUAUACAUACAUAUACUAUAUACAUAUACACUUAGCAUGAUACCAGUAGAAGGAGCAAGCUGCUUCGCUGCUUGACGUAGAGUUCCCUAGAACACUUGUAUUAUAUUAUAUCAUAGUAAUAGUUCGAAAUCCAACAAGCUGUAGAAGAAAUGUUUUAAUUUCAGAAUGUUCAGUCGAAAAUUGAUUAUGUAUCAGAAAAGUAGUCCGAGAUGUUUACAUGCAAAACCGAGUACCAACACCAACGAAACGAAUUUACAAUUAAUUUACUCAGACAACAGAAAAUGUCUUGGAUUGCAACAAAAAUAAAUACAAAAGCAACACAAAGUCAUAUUUAUUUACACACAUAUUGAAAAUACUCAUAAAACUUAGUAAAACUGCAUGAGGAAGUGACAAUCAAAACAAACUGGUUAACGAAAUAUCAGUCUCUGCACCAAAGACGAAACAAAUAGAAUGCGAGAAAAUUCAUUGAUAAGAAAACGACAAAGACAAGGCAGUGGGGGUACAAGCUCCGUUGGGCGCUUGUGUGAGAGCGUCACUUAACAUAAGAAAGCGGGCAUACUCAGCCACUCAAUCUCACAAGUGGGCUUCGCAUACCGGCUAGACGUAAACCUCACAUCAGCACGGAAAGCAGAGGCGUAGCGUGGAAGUUUUUGAAUAUAUAAUGUGUGUAAAUAUGUACACAUAACCAUGUAUGGUAUAUGUGUGUAUAGGCACAUCAAUAACUGUGUGUUUAUUUAUAUAUACGAAUUCGGGCGAUAGUGCGUUGUGUCUCAUGCAAAAAAAAACCAAAAACAAAAUGGAAGUAUGCAGCAAAUUAACGGCACAGGAGACGGAGGCGUGCGCAAAGCAGAGACACAAAGAGUGGCUCGACAAUCUGGUCAUGGUGCAGUCAUUUUCGUUGCGCGUUGCGGUCAGUGAUCAGUCAAGAAUCGGAAGCGUUAAAGAACGCAUCGUGCAUUGUGGAUGAGCGAGUUCAAGUGUUACUAAAAAAACAAAAACAAUACAAGCGUGAUAAAUAAGAAAAACAACUUUUUUUUUAUUUCUGUUAAUUGAAUUUUUGAAGAUGAAGCCAUUGGUUUCGGUAACAUUAUUGCUGGUAGCUAUUUUGCUGCUCCUACCCAAUGUAUUAUACGCCGAACAGCCAGUGAUCAGUCACAUCUCCAAUGAUGUUGUUGCAAAUGUUGGCGAAGAUGUACAGUUCAAUUGCACGGUGGAGAAUGUCGGUCGUAUGUCCGUUAGCUGGGCGAAACGAUCCGUUGUAUUGUCCAUGCGAAAUAUACUUAGCUUGAGUGAUCCGCGUUACACGAUUACCGAAACACGAGACGACGUAGCUGACAAUGCGACAUACUCGCUGAAGAUAACGAAAAUCGAAGCAAGUGACAUGGGCCCCUACGAAUGUCAAGUGAUUGUAUCCGCGACCGAUAAGAUCACAAAGAAAUUGAACUUGUCCAUCAAACAUCCACCCAUCAUAUCGGAAGAACGUACUCCAAAGUCCAAAUUGGUGACCGAAGGACAAAAUCUUGAAGUUAGCUGUUAUGCAGAAGGUUUUCCACAACCAAUCAUCUAUUGGAAGCGUGAAGGUAAUGCGAUUAUGCCAGCCGGUGGACAAAAGCUAGCUGGACCUACAUUGCGCAUCAAAGAGGUGCAUCAGCUUGAUCGUGGCGCUUAUUACUGUGUCGCGGACAAUGGCGUAGGACAACCUGAUGAACGUAUGGUACUCAUUGAAGUAGAAUUUCGACCACAAAUUUCUGUACUACGUCCUAAGGUUGCACAGAUGCUAUCACAUGUCGCUGAAUUGGAGUGCAAUGUGCAAGCAUAUCCGGCGCCGGCAGUUUUCUGGCACCGCAAUGGCGCCAAAUUGGAAUCGAGUUCACGAUAUGAGGUCUCCAAUACGGCUUCGUCACAUGAAACCACUACAUCGGUAUUACGUAUAGCAAGUGUUGCCGAGCACGACUUUGGUGAUUACUACUGCAAUGCCACCAACAAAUUAGGACACGCCGAUGCGCGUCUACAUCUGUUCCAGCCAGUAAUUCCGGUGCCCUCCUCAGUUUGAGCGACGUUAUAAGCUUUUUUUUUUUUGACUUUUUACAAAUUUAAAUUUUGCCCAGUGGCAUCAAGCAUGGAGCUCUGGGUGUAUUCUUAAUCUUAUUAUGUAUUGUGCAGAUUUGACUGGUGAAUUUUUGUAUACAAAAGACUAUGUGUUUCUCUGUUUGUACGUUUUUUGACAUUCUUCUUUGUUAGUUAUUUUAUUCAAUUAAAUUUGAUUCACUCGUAUAAAUAAUAAACACGCUUAAUGCUUUUAUAUUCAUUUAAA